AUGACUGAGGGAAAGAAAGGAGCUUCGUAUUCGGGAAGAGGAGGUAUCGGAUCAAAUUUUCUCUCGAAACACUGGCAAGAAAGUAUUGAAAAGGAAGAAACUAUUCGUAAACAAUGGCAACAAAAGUAUCAUCCAGAAAAAAUCGCAGAGGAAAAGGAGAUGCUUUUAAAAUCCAUACAGGCCCAAGCCGAAAAAGAAAAAGAAAAGAAGAGGAGAGAUAUGUCACCUCAAAGAAAAUUAUUAUAUGAGGGAGUGUCGAAGGAAGGAGGAGGAAGAGCAAGUUACUUGAAAGCAAGAAGAGAGGAAUCUCCAACAAAGAAAAGUCGCUUUCCUGUUUCAAGUUCUCAAGAAGUUGGAUGGAUCAUUGAGAAGAGAUUCCUUGAAGGCAAACGUUCCGACGACCAUUUGUUGGCUACUCGAAAAGGUCAAACAAAAACCUUCUACAGAAGAGAUGGAAUUGGUUUUGGAGAUUAA